AUGGAAGACUCUCAAAAUGAAAUGCUGGACGAGCCAGUUCCUGAGACAAUCGGCUCUAAGGGCAUAUAUGCCCCCCCAUCAGUUGACCAUUUGAGGUUGUUAGCUGGGGAAUCUUACUCCCAUUAUUCCACCUGCCCAGCCAAUAUCAUACCGUCAGUGAAAUCAUCCACUGAAGAGAAGAAAGCAGAGCCUACGCCAUGUGUACUUGGAAUAGACGAAGCAGGUAGAGGGCCAGUUUUGGGUCCGAUGGUCUACAGCGCAUUUUAUCUCCCUGUACACCUUCAUAAAUCACUACUUGCAGAUGAACACCAUUUCGAUGACAGUAAGGUGUUGACCCCCGAAGUCCGGUCAAAUCUUAUGCGUUCUUUAUGCACACAAGGCCACCCAUUACACGACUCAUGCGGAUGGGCAGUCAAAGUUAUGUCCGCCCGAGAUAUAUCCUCGGGGAUGCUACGACCUUCUAUGGCAGCUGUUUAUAACCUCAAUGCUCAGGCAUUGGACGCGACCAUUGAAAUAAUACGCGGUGUGGUUGAAACUCACGGCAUAGACGUUAAGGAGGUUUAUGUCGACACAAUCGGAAAGCCGGAAACCCACCAAGCUAGAUUGUUACGAGUCUUUCCAGGCUUGAAAAUUACUGUGGCUAAGAAGGCUGAUUCAUUAUAUCCCUGUGUCAGUGCAGCGAGUGUAUGUGCCAAAGUCACAAGAGAUGCUGCCCUGGAGGCAUGUUACGAAAGUUGGUUGAAUCAAAGGGAAAAGCAAAGGGCUGUAGCAACAGGAGAAGACGAGGAAAGUACCGCUGAGGAAAUAUUAACUUGGGGUAGUGGGUAUCCAUCUGAUGGAAAGUGUGUUGGAUGGCUUAAAAAGGACAUGAACCGGUUGUUUGGUUGGGGUUAUGAAUGUCGAUUUAGCUGGGGUACAUCGAAGGAGCUCCUGGAGAUAAAAUCGGGGCUCAAGGUUGACUGGCCUACUGAAGAGGACGACAGUACAAUGCUAGUAACUCAGUACUUUACAUCCAAAUCAGAGGCUGAUGGUCCAGCAAAUGAAUUACGGGACUGGUAUGGGAAUAAGCAAGCGGAAAUAUUUUAG